AUGGCCUAAUUGACUUAUAUUAGUUUACAUUUCAAAAUGGUAAUUUUAGGUAUGGCCAACAUUGGUAAAAUUUAUUUAUUCAAUUCUAUGUAGAUUCAAUAUGCUAAGUAAACAAUUUUAUUCCAGCAGAAAAUUGCCCAUUUUGCACUAUUGAUCUAAAUUAAGCAGUAAUUUAAGGUAUCUGA